AUGUGACUUUACAGAAUAAAGAGUCUCUUAUUUUCUUCAUUCUCUCUCUCUCUCUCUCUCUCUCUCUCUCUCUCUCUCUCUCUCUCUCUGCUAAUGUAGGUUACGCUGGUGUGAUAUGACAGAUGAAGGUUGUUCUGAUGUGACUUCAGCUCUGAAAUCAAACCCGUCACACCUGAGAGAGCUGGACCUGAGCGGGAAUAAUCUAGGAGACUCUGGAGUGAAAAACCUCAGUGAUCUACUGAUGAACCCACAAUUCAAGCUGGAGAAACUACAUCUGAGUGUAUGCAGAAUUACAGAGAAACAGAGUCUCAUCCUGACUUCAGCUCUGAAAUCAAACCCAUCACACCUGAGAGAGCUGGACCUGAGCAGGAAUAAUCUAGGAAACUCAGGAGUGAAGCACUUAUGUGCCGUACUGAAGGAUUCACACUGUAAACUGGAGAGAUUGAGGUUAAGCUGCUGUUGUAUUUUAGAUGAAGGUUGUUCUGAUGUGACUUCAGCUCUGAAAUCAAACCCGUCACACCUGAGAGAGCUGGACCUGAGCAGGAAUGAACUAGGAGACUCUGGAGUGAAAAACCUCAGUGAUCUACUGAUGAACCCACAAUUCAAGCUGGAGAAACUACAUCUGUAUAGAUGCAGGAUUACAGAGAAACAGAGUCUCAUCCUGACUUCAGCUCUGAAAUCAAACCCGUCACACCUGAGAGAGCUGAACCUGAGCGAGAAUAAACUAGGAAACACAGAAGUGAAGCAGUUAUGUGCCGUACUGAAGGAUUCACACUGUAAACUGGAGAGAUUGAGGUCAGUCACAUUCACACACAAGAAUCAAAAUGCUUAAAAUCAUUUCAACUGUUUAAACAAGAACACAUU